AUUUUUAUAUAUGUGGGAGCUGUACCUUUUGGUAGUCACGUGACUGUCGCCAUAGCAACGCUGGGAGUGAGGGACGCUACCGCCCAGCUGACGCGCCUAACAUCUAACCUGCCUGUACUGACCCUUUUAAACCUUCAAGGACAAUGUUGACCCGGCGAGAGGCGGUGAUCGAGGAGCCGUUCAGAGCCCGGCGCUACCGGGACCACAGACGCAAGGUGAGGGGCGCCUUGCCAAGGAUCGACGCCGGGCCGCCGAGGGAGUACCCCCACCUGGUCCUCAAGCUGAAGAAGCUGCGGCUCGAGCUAGACCGUCAGGGCAAGAUCUGUCAGGACAACAUCAAGCUCGUCCACCGCAUGGCCAUCAUCAUGAGGACAAAGAGACUGGACAACAUCAAUAUGGCUCCCAGAGGACCAUUCGAGCCUCGACCUCGGACGUCAACCCGACGGAGCGCAGUAACUGGAGUCCCCGUGGAGGAGGACAGAUGGGCCCAGGGCGGGUCUUUCCUGGAGCAGGUCACCUCAGAAGUGGAGCGCCACCUCAAACCUUCCCCGCCCGGCAAGCUCAUCCAGCACCGAGCCCCGGCUGGUCUGUGUAGGGUGCCCCGGGUAGGGCCUCCGCCAUCACCCAGGACCCCUGCCCGUCGGAGUCAUCUUGUGCCCACCAUCACCCUACCCCUAACCAGCCCCAGGUCACGCAGGAGCCCGUCGCCCACCACUGCCUCAGAGAGGUCCUCGGCCAGAUGUCGUCGCGGCCGAGAGACGACCAGACUGUUGCCCAUGACCGGCACCGCCCGUCGCCCCAGCAUCACCGCCUCUCUUCCCUCCCCACACGACGACAACUCCAGCUCGGCCGCUGACGAGGGCGACUUCGAGGAAAAUGAAGAAAGCGAACACGCAGAGGACAGUCAAGAAGCCGACGAGCAGACUGAAAAUACGGAAGAGGAGAACGAAGAAGCAGAUGACAAAACAGACGAAGAAAAUGAGAGCUCAUCAAAGGAUGAUUAUCACAAUAACAGUGAGAGUGAAGGCAAAACAGGUAGUGUUAAGGAGGAAACUGAUAGUGACGACCGAGUCUCCGCCAUCCUCCUGCACCAUCACCCGAACAUCACCAUCGACGAGCCUAGUGAUGACGAGUUUUAUACUUAGGCGUCAAGCUCAACUGUCUUAUGGUAUAUCAGGUAUAGCUUUCACCCAAAUGCCGAACCAUUCUCUUCUACUUGUUGGUGAAACACACGGGAGACAUUUCCCGUCACGCAGGGUGCAGUCGCACCUCCAUAGAUCUCCAGUAUCAGCUCUUGAUACUAGUAAUGGCUCAAAAGGGCCGCCACUUACGGGCUAUUCAUGCCCGUGCCACCUUUUAGGUGGCUUAAUCUUUAUCAAUCUGGUGAAACAACCGAUGACGGAAUAUGUAUUGUUGGCCCAUUAGUGAUGUACACGUUUUACGAAGCAAAAUAACUUUUUCCUUUAACAUUUAUUAUAAUUUUUAUUUAUUUAUUAUGCAUCCUAUACCCAUCUGGGGGGCGAUGGUGGAAAGGGUAAGAGGCACAUAAUGGGUUCAGGAACUCGACCCCAUAGUUUGUUUAGCUAAGCAAUUGAUGGCAACGAAUUACACUCAUAAUAUGAUCGGACAUUUGUCAUAUUUUUAGAGUAUCUCUCUCGUAAUAUACAUACUAUUACGUACUGACUAUGAGGGCUGUCAAUGGUCUGCUGCGGUCAGAAGGUUUGGGACUCCCACCACAAUGUUACUGUAUUACAAUGUUAAUUUACCAAGGGUAGCACUUUCACCAAUGUAAUUCCUCAUUUUUACUUACCCUCUGGAAGUUACACAUUAUUAAAUGUAGUAGGCAUCCAUCAGUCUCGGGAGACUACGGACAUGCGCACUGGCGUCGGCCUCUGGUCUGGAGUGACCUCACCAGGGCGCAAAGCCAGGGUAGGUUGAUUCGCAGAAGCUGUUACCCAGGCAGCAGGUCCCCCCCCCCCCUCUCCACGGCGCUGAAAGUCUCCAAUGGAAAGGCUUACAUACAAAUGUAACAAGGGUACAUUAUUAAAUGUACCCUUGUUACAUUACCAAGUUUAAUAUACUGUACAAGGGUAAUCUCACGAUGAUAAACUGCCAUUUUAAUUCAACAAGUUACAGUGCAUUGUCAACUUACAACGUUAAUGUUAUCGAGUCAUUUUACCCAGGGUACCUGUGUUAAUUAUUAUACAUUUAAAUUUAUAUAAUUUUUAAUUGAAUUUACUAAUAAACAUUUUUCGUCA